UUAGACUCCCUCUAUGCUCCUCCGUUCUACGUUCAUCCAGCAAGAUGGCUUCUGUUGUCAGUGAGCUCGAGUGCCUGACAACCACGCAGUUGGGAAUAAGACAACAUGGCGCCCGUGCCUUGGUGAGCAGCAUUACAGACUGGAAGAACAGAGCCUGAACGCUGCGCGGUGGAGGAGGAGGGUCAGGUUUGGAUAUUACCAGAAAAACUCCAUCCUUUGGAAUAAGAAAGAACUUACUGUUUGUGAAAUGAAAUCUAUAACCAUUAAGGACUCAACCAGCUCCUUACCAAGUACAAUGGAGCCUCCGAAUUCACAAUAUAAUAAGUCUCUUCUGUAUUGGAAGAAGAAAGUACGCAUUGAGUAUAUGCGUCUGCAGCAGCUGAAGAAAUUACAGGUCAUCCAGGCUGCUGGGUCUCAAUAUGUGGAGAACACAAUGAAAAUACAUGAGAGAACAAAACUUUUAAACGAAGAGUGGACAAAUCUAAAACUGCAACCACUUGAGAUAAUGGAACCUUCGAAUACACUUCCUUUUCUGAAAAAGUGUACGGUUGAAAGCACCUUUGAUGAUUUUGCCACCCAGACUAUAUGUACAAGGUCUCUGAAUACGGUAGCACUUGUUCCCAUCAUGUACUCUUGGUCUCCCCUCCAGCAAAACUUUAUGGUGGAAGAUGAGACGGUCUUGUGUAACAUCCCUUACAUGGGGGACCACGUUAAAGAGGAGGAUGAAAUGUUUAUUGAGGAAUUGAUCAGUAACUAUGAUGGAAAGGUCCACGGAGAGGAAGAGGUGGAUUUUCCAUCUGCAAUGACCUCUAGUCCACGCUUACAUGAACGUGAGCGUCUGUUUAUGUACGGUCACUCUUUCUCGGCCAGACGCAACAGCACAACGAAAACGGGUGCUGGCAUUCUGGAUGAUGCCAGCUUUCUGGAGCUGGUUGGUGCUCUUACAGAUGAAGGUGAAAGUAAACAGAGUGAGUCAGGACGCAAGUCAGAAGGAGAAGGACCCAUGACACGUAAAAGAAAGAGAAUUGCUGAGGAAGGUGAGGUCCAAAGCACAGGAAGUAAUUCUGCUCAAAAAAAAGGCCAAGUAGACACCAAAGCAGAUGGAGAAGAUAACGUUUCUGCUCAGGGCAAAACACGAGGCAGCAAGAGAAACUCUAAAAGCCUUCUGCCAAGUGAUCUUAUUUUUAGUGCUAUUUCUGCUGUCUUUCCGGAAAGAGGCUUUCCAGAAGAAGUCAAGAAAAGGUACAAGGAACUGACUGCAGCUAUGGAUCCCAACACACUUCCACCACAAUGCACUCCAAAUAUUGAUGGAUCCUUGGCGAAAUCUGUUCCCCGAGAACAGUCCUUGCACUCCUUUCAUACGCUGUUCUGCCGCCGCUGUUUUAAGUAUGACUGUUUCUUGCACCCCUUUCAUGCAAGUCCUAAUAUGUGUAGGAGAAGGAAUCGAGAAAUUAAGAUUGAAACAGAACCAUGUGGAAGUCAGUGCUUCUUGUGGCUGGAAGGAGCUAAAGAGUAUGCCAUGAUGAACAACCCUAGGUUCAAGUGCUUAGGGAAGCGUAGAAGAAAAACCCCAACAGUUGCUACUUCCAGUUCAGGUGCUUCCACCUCAACAGUGACUGAGGCCAAAGAAGGAGACAGUGAUCGGGACACAGGGAAUGAAUGUGCUUCCAGCUCUUCAGAAGGAAAUUCUCGCAGCCAAACCCCCACGAGGCAGAGACGAGGAAGCAUGAGUGGAGACUUGCCGGAGGGUUCCGAAACCAGCGAACCAGUGGAAUGGUCUGGAGCUGAGGAAUCUCUCUUCAGAGUCUUCCAUGGGACCUACUUCAACAACUUUUGCUCUAUUGCCCGACUCAUGGAGACCAAGACAUGCAAGCAGGUUUUUCAGUUUGCUGUGAAAGAUUCACUUAUUCUCAAAGUCAGCCAAGGAAUGAUGAGUACUGCACAGAAGAAGAAAAGAAGGCACAGACUGUGGGCCGCACACUGCAGAAAGAUUCAGCUUAAAAAGGAUAAUUCAGCAAACCAGGUGUACAACUAUCAGCCCUGCGAUCACCCAGAUCAUUCGUGUGACAGCACUUGUCCCUGCAUAAUGACACAGAACUUCUGUGAAAAAUUCUGUCAGUGCAAUCCCGAUUGUCAGAACCGCUUCCCCGGGUGCAGGUGUAAGACCCAAUGUAACACCAAGCAAUGCCCCUGUUAUCUGGCUGUACGGGAAUGUGAUCCAGAUCUCUGUCUAACAUGUGGUGCUGCUGAGCACUGGGAUUCUAAAAUUGUGUCCUGCAAAAACUGCAGCAUCCAACGUGGUCUAAAAAAGCACUUGCUCAUGGCUCCAUCAGAUGUUGCUGGGUGGGGAACCUUCAUCAAAGAGUCUGUCCAAAAGAAUGAGUUCAUCUCUGAAUAUUGCGGAGAGCUCAUUUCCCAGGAUGAAGCAGAUAGAAGAGGAAAGGUCUAUGAUAAAUACAUGUCAAGUUUCCUGUUCAACCUCAACAAUGAUUUUGUUGUGGACGCUACAAGAAAGGAAAUAAAAUCCGAUUUGCAAACCCACUCUGUGAAUCCCAAUUGCUAUGCUAAAGUGGUUAUGGUGAAUGGAGACCACCAUGGAAUAUUUGCAAAACGAGGAAUCCAGGCUGGAGAAGAAUUGUUUUUUGACUAUCGGUACAGCCAGGCGGAUGCUCUGAAUAUGGUGGGCAUAGAAAGAGAGACUGAUUUCCUCCUAAUAUCCUUCCCACCCAAAGCAAUAACCUACUAAAUUUGUCUGUUUGUCCAUUGUGAAUACAAUACAUUUCCUUUAUAAAUGUAGUGGUAAAAAUGAUUAUGGAAGGUCAUGAGGUGAUCCAUGAAUAUGUGGCUAUGUACAGGCCUGCUGUACAAUCAGUCACAUAUCCAAGCUGUCUAUGGACAUUAUUGAUUGGUCUGAACAUUUCAUAGAUGCUCUUUAAGUCAAAUGCGAAAAGUAUGGCUUGUCGUGGGUCACAUACAGUUUAAAGCACAAACUCUUCAAAAUUAUGUAUAUUUCAAUUUGCUUAAAGGGGUUGUCCGAGUUAUGGAAAAAAAGAUAUAGCACUGUAAAUCUGAUCGUCAGCGAUAUAUAACUAAGCUAAGCAAGUUUUAGGCAAAAAAAGAUCUAU